AUGAGGGCUGACGCUACCGCUGACGCUUACCACGACAGCACAGAGGCACUGCUUAAGUUUACCAAAAACACACUGUGUUUCAAAGAUGAGCUUAAUGUCAUGACGUUUAUCUGCAAAGAUUUCUGCAACAGUGUUUUUAAGAAGCAAAUUGACAACCUGAGAACCAUUCACCAGGGUAUUUAUGUGCUACAAGAUAAUAAGUUCCGCUUGCUGACCCAACUGUCUGCAGGCAAACAGCAUCUUGAACAUGCACCGAAGUUUUUGGCCUUCACCUGCGGCUUGGUCCGGGGAGCACUUUCAAACAUUGGUGUUAAAAGUAUAGUCACUGCAGAAGUGUCUGUCAUGCCAGUCUGCAAAUUCCAGGUGAUGGUCCAGAAGAUGUGAUUGACUACACAAAGAGCAUAUUGUUCAUAACAUUUAGUUUUAUUGCCUCGUCAUGUUUUAACUGCCUUUAAUUUAAAUUGCUGAUGACACUGUGAUUUUUAUUUG